AUGUCGCUUUCAAAAAGCGAGUCCGACGUGAUUCUCAACCGGGCAAAUGUCGCUUUAUCCCGCAGUCAAAGACUCGUAGCUUCUUGGCUCCCACAACAAUCCAGCGAUGAACUAGCAAAUACGAAAACGGAUGAGGAACUACAACGAGAGGAAGAUGAGAUCUUCACUGCUGUGCCGGAGACCCCCCUCCCCCAAAAAGCAGCCGACGGAAGCUGGAACCGGACCGAGCUGGACUCGAAUGAUAAACUGCGCAAACAACUCCUCGGCAAGAAUUAUGAUCGUGUUAUGAAGGCGAAGGCUGCGCAGAAGGCUGCUGUUCCUGGUUCGACAACCACGGCUGGAUCUGUGGCAGGGAACAACACCGGUGCUGCUACUGGUGCCGCGGAUGAAGAUGACGAGGAUGACGAUGAAGAUGGACGAUCCGCUAUGAUUGGCAAAAAGAAGAAUAUGAGAGGUCCUGGGGCUGGUGCUGGCCCUGUGCGGAAGAAGAAGAAGGGUGGGAUUGUUGUUGAGGAUGUUUUUGCUAGUCCUGCUGCCGAUGCUGGUGCUGAGGAUACAACGCGGACUGCUGAAGAGGAGAGUGUGCCUUUAGAGCCUGCAUCUGCGCCUGCGCCUGCGCGCUCGAAGGGGAGAAAGAAGGCGACCAGUUAUCUGGAUGAACUUCUAGCUGAGCGUGCGAAGAAGAGAAAGAAGAGGUGA